GGUGGAGACGUGAUCAAGCAGCCACCCUCUGUGGAUCUGGCAAGCAAGAAGUGCCGGCAGGUGCUGAUGGAUCUGGAGGAAGUGUUUCAGCACUUGGAAGUGAUGUUUAGUCUGACUCUGGUUCCUCGGAUCCUUCUUCUACUUGGAGGCAACGUCAUGAGCCCCAAGGAGCUCUACGAGCUCAACUUGGAGGGUAUCUGUGAGGGCAGUGCCGCGGAGAGCCUGAAAACCGCGUCCUGCGUUCGCAAGCUCUUCCACUCGCUCUUUGUUGCGGAUGUGUUCAGCGAACUCAAGGAGCUCCCUGUCAUGGGCGCCGUUGUGAUGCUCCAGGGGCAUCGCGACUGUGGUGUUGAUUGGUUCCGGCCCAAGCUCAACUAUAAAGUGCCGACCCGAGGCAGGAAACUAACUGUGAGCUUGUCCUGCGACGGAGGCAUCCACGCGAGUGCCUCGCCUCCCCAGUGCGUCCCAUCAGCCUGGGUGGACUACAUCUGGUUCCAAGCCCCAGUGACGCUCAAAGGCUUUCAUGAGUGA